UCUCCCAGCGCUCAGAGCGCUAUUUUCUGCCAGGCUUUGAAGCGGACUGAGAGAGAGGAGAGGGAGAAGCAGGCUUCAUUCAUUAUAGCGCCGUUACACACGUUUACCAUCCCUAAAGCGUGGACCGGACAGACGUAAAGUUUUUUUAUCCAGGUUCUGAAGAGGCGACUUCAGUGGAAAAGUUAAACGUCUCUAAUAGUAGGCUAAAAUAUAUGUUGUAUUUGUUUAAGACGAGGCAUCGCAUCGUUGCAGCACUGAUACGUUUGCAGAACCUCUUCUUAGUUGGGAAGUUAGUUUCACAUAGUUGGCUACUCAGUGACAUUCGCAUCUUUUCGGCUGGAAAACUUGACGGACUAAAUAACGUGAUUUAGUUUGUGUUUAGCACGCUUGUGGGAUUUUAACUGGAGACGGGAUUCUUACAUGCAACAGUAUUUUGUAUGAGAAAGCCAUGGCACAACAGAACAGAAACGGAGGGACUUCAUUAAACAACAACAACGGCAUCGAUAACACCAAGAGGAAACUGUUGAUAGGACUGGACCUCUUCUGCCUGCUCCUAGCUGGCCUGCCCUUCCUGAUAAUAGAGUCUAGCACCAUACGGCCGUACCAGAGAGGUUUUUACUGUUCUGACGAGUCCAUCCGGUACCCAUAUAAAAAUGGAGACACUAUCAGCGAUGCUGUGCUCUGUGCUGCUGGCAUUCUUAUUGCCAUCCUCUCUAUUGUUAUAGGAGAGUGUUACAGGAUUCACCAUCGCAGAGAGGGAUCUAAGUCUUUCAUUGGGAACCCUUAUGUCUCAUCUCUCUACAAACAGGUUGGAGUGUUUAUAUUUGGAUGUGCCAUCAGCCAGUCGUUCACAGACAUUGCCAAGGUGUCAGUGGGCAGAAUGAGACCUCAUUUCCUGGAUGUGUGUAAUCCUGACUGGUCAGCCAUCAACUGUUCCCUUGGAUACAUCACCUCCUACACCUGUAAUGGCCCUGAGAGCAAAGUACAGGAGGCCAGGAAAUCCUUCUUCUCAGGACAUGCCUCCUUCUCUAUGUUUACUAUGCUCUACCUGACUUUCUAUCUCCAGUCCAGGUUCACGUGGAGAGGUGCCCGGUUGCUCCGCCCCCUCGUCCAGUUCACGCUGCUGAUGAUGGCAUUCUACACCGGCCUAUCACGUGUCUCCGACCACAAGCACCACCCCACAGAUGUACUGGCCGGCUUUGUACAGGGCGCCCUGGUGGCCUACUGCAUAGUGUUCUAUGUAUCUGACCUGUUCAAGCCGAGGGUGAAGCCUGCCUCACCCCCUCCCUCCCCCAUCAAGAAGGAGCUCCCCCCUGCUGACAUCAUUGAGCGGAACAACCACCACAACAUGGUGUGAGACAGGCCCCGCCCCUUCCCAUGACCGAGGAGCCUAUCACAGCACUGUUUGCCUCCCAUUGGACAGUAGAAUGUAGCGACCAGAGAGACUGUCGCCGUGUCUCAUAUCACACUCUGUUCCUUAUGUAGUGCACUACUUAUCACACACUGUGGUCCAAAGUAGUGCACUACUUAUCACGUGCUGUGGUCCAAAGUAGUGCACUACUUAUCAUGCCCUGUGGUCCAAAGUAGUGCACUACUUAGGAAAUAGCCUGUUAUUUGAGACCUGCCCUGCAGAGACCACUCUCACUAUCCAGAUUCUUUAACUACUAUUGUUAUUACUACUAUUCUGAUUUGAGCCCAAGUUAGAGCAAAAAGAAGACUCAAAAGCUAAAAGACAAUAAGUUACAGACAGCAGUGCAGAGCCACUGAAACAGAACACUUUGUAACUACACAAAGGGAAAAAAGUGUAAAAAUAAAUAAAUGAAUGAGUGAAUGAAUGAAGCAAGGAAAGAAAGACCGUCUCUGUCUGAGGCCUUGACAUAGGAAAACAACUUCCUUAGUGAUAGGAACGAUAUUACUGCAAAAUUACUAGCAAACGACACAUACAGUAUAUGAGUAACAAUAUAGAGCAGAAUAACUUACAGCACUAUAAUCCAGUUGACUGUCAAUUAUCGCUACUCGCCACCAGAUGGAGCAGCUAUUAGAACACUUGUUGAUGAUCACGUAGAGCAGGGAUGUCAAACUCUUUCCAUGGAGGGCCUAGUGUCUGCUGGUUUUUGGUCUUUCCUUUCGAUUAAGACCUAGACAACCAGGUGAGCGGAGUUUCUUAAAAAUGAGUGACUUAUUAAUUAAUUCAUCAAUCAAGUACAAGGGAGGAGCGGAAACCCGCAGGCACUCUGCCCUCCGUUGAAUGAGUGUGACAAGUGACGUAGACGGAUAAAGUAAACCUGUAAAUAGUUAACUUGUCCACCAGCUACUGACUACUACUAGAGAAGGAAGAGACCUGGAGAGGAACCAGACCCAUACUACUCUAGCUCCUACCACCAAGUAGAAGUUUGGACUAGUCUAGUUCUCAGUUCGACAAGGCUCUUCUAGCUGCCCCUCUGGGUAACCUAACCUGGGAUGAUGCUUUCUGAAAGAGGGGAGUGGAUGAAGCAGGGGUUCUUGAAAGAGAGAUGUUAAAAGAGUAGGGAUAUUGAUUGGUAUUAGUUUGGGGGAUUCGGGGGAGGAAGAGGAGGGGGAGGUAAAUAUCUCUCAGCCACCUGUCACCCUGUCUGGGGGCGUGGCUGUGCCAUGCUGCCGCUUGAUUGGCUGCGUAUGUGGGGGUGUGGUCUGUCACCAUGGACACAGGGUUGAUUGACAGCUAACCUGGGACAUUAUGGGAUAGGGGCUCUUUCCGCUGGCAGGGAGGGGCUCUGGCCCAUCCAAUCACUCGUUAGCGGUAUGUAUGUAUGUGUCCUGUGUGUCACUGUGUUGGUGCCUGCCAGUGUGUCUGCUUUUGUGUAUGUGUGACGUGUAUAGGUAUGUGUGUCCUGUGUAUUUGUGUGUGUGUCCUGUGUAUUUGUGUGUGUGUCUUUGAAGAACCCUCCGGGUAGUGUGUGUGUAGAAUGAACCCUCCUCACACACACCAUUGUCUGUGCCAAGAAUGUGUGCCACUAUAUGUGUGUGUGUGUGUGUGUGUGUGUGUGUCAGAGAGGGCCAGAGGUGGAGGACUGAGACCCUGUCCAGAGAACGUUAGAAAACUGUGGAUUUAAUAUUUUUAUUUUCUCCUACGAUGCAUCUUUAACAUGUUCAGUGCUAGUCCAGUCAUGUCUUUAACAUGUUCAGUGCUAGUCCAGUCAUGUCUUUAACAUGUUCAGUGCUAGUCCAGUCAUGUCUUUAACAUGUUCAGUGCUAGUCCAGUCAUGUCUUUAACAUGUUCAGUGCUAGUCCAGUCAUGUCUUUAACAUGUUCAGUGCUAGUCCAGUCAUGUCUUUAACAUGUUCAGUGCUAGUCCAGUCAUGUCUUUAACAUGUUCAGUGCUAGUCCAGUCAUGUCUUUAACAUGUUCAGUGCUAGUCCAGUCAUGUCAUUAACUAACUGCUCCCCAUCCGUCAUUUUAUUUGACACUUCAGCUUACUCAGGGCCAAUCUCAAAUGGCAUGCUAUUCCCUAUAGGAUGCACUUUUGGCUAAAAUAAGUGCACUAGAUAGGGAAUAGGGUGCCAUUUUGGAUGGAGCCUAAGACAUCUUCUCAACAUCACCACUUCAAAACGUUGCACAUCUUUCUAAUCACGUUUAGUCCGUCCUAUCUUUUUGGCAAACCCUUUCCUUUUCAUUUUAUAAAUAUAUAAAUAAUGUAUAGUUCACAAAAAUUAACUGUGUAAGAUAUUAUUUCUUAUGUUUAACUAUUGUCCACUAUGAAACAACAACCUCUGUUCUCUACCAAGUGCUGCUUAAAAAGCAUUAAUUUACAUAUUUUUUUUUAUUUAGUUAACUCAAAUAUUAUAGAUUUGUGGUAGUAAGUUUUUAAUCUGCAUUGAAAACAAACCUACAAUUGUAUUAAAAUUCACUAUUAGUAUUUUUGUAUUGUCUCAUUUUGUACAAAAUAAAUAUUAGCAACAUUUUUGUUUCUGCUUAAUGUACUUAGCUCUACUACAUGUGGUUUUAAAUAAAAAUCCCGUUAUAAACACAA